CGGAAAAGACGAUGACGACAACAUUAGCCAAUCACAGCCGAGUAUUUCACGUGCUCAGCGGUGAAGAAAAAGCUGCCUGAUUCCGAAAAUAUCUCACCUUUUCGAUUUCGCUCUUGAAAUUGCUCGUUGCACCCCUUGAGUUUUGAGUUAAGUUCGACUUUGAACACUGCAAGAACGUAAAUUACCUGUAGGUUUUUCGAGAAGGGAGUUCUUUUGUGGUGCAGAUCUUGUAAUCAAGGGUACCAGCAAGCGAAGAACAACAUGUCGGACGAGUGGGAAAAUGGCGGCUCUACGGCGACUGCGUUUGGUGGUGGUGGUGGUGGUUUUGGAGCGAGCAAAGGUCGAGGUUUUGGCUUGGGCAGUGACAGCACUCUCGAAGAAGCCCCGAGACGAAAAGGUUUUGGUCGAGGUGGGUUCGGCGUUCAAAGCACCAACAGCGAACAAACGAAUGGCUGGGACGGUGGCAGCCAGAGUACAUUUGGUGCUAAUAAAGGUUUUGGCCGAGGUGGCGGAGGUUUCAGUGGAAACAGCGACAGUUCAAGUUCUGCACGUGGUUUUGGUAGUGGAGGCAGUGGGGGAUUUGGCAAAAGCGGCGGCUUUGGAGGCGGCGGCGGCGGCGGCUUUGGGAAUAAGACUGAAAAUGACGAGGAGCAAAAUGGUACUGGAGGUGGAGGGUUUGGUUCCAAAAGUGGUGGUGGCUUUGGAGGGGGCAGCGGGUUUGGCAGUGGUAGUGGUGGUGGUGGCGGGUUUGGCAGUAGUGGCAGCAGCGGUGGCUUUGGUAAGGGUGGUGGUGGCGGGGGCAGCUUUGGAGGAGGAGGUGGUGGUUUUUCAGGUGGUGAUGAUGGGGAAGAUGGUGGUGGCCGAGGUGGUGGCUUUGGCGGCGGUGGUAGAGGUGGUGGUGGUGGAGCUUGUCAUAGUUGUGGUGAAGAGGGGCACUUUGCAAGGGACUGCCCUAGUAAGAGUGAGAGAGGAACUGCUUGCCACAAUUGUAAACAAGAGGGGCAUUUUGCCCGCGAUUGUACAAAUCCUGCAGAGGUUGAUGAAAGCAGGCCUGCUCCAGUGACCUAUGUACCUCCGGAACCAUCAGAAAGUGAGGAAGAGAUGUUUCAUUCUAUAGAACGGGGCAUCAACUUUGAUAAAUAUGAUGAAAUCCCGGUAGAAGUUACAGGAAAGGGAAAGGAAAGCAUCACUCCGAUCCAAAAGUUUGAGCAGGCUGGACUGAGGGAAAAAUUACAAGAAAAUGUUGCAAAAAUUGGCUAUACAAAACCUACACCUGUGCAGAAGUAUGCUAUACCAUGCAUCCUGGCUGGAAGAGAUGUCAUGGCCUGUGCUCAGACCGGAUCUGGAAAGACGGCUGCUUUUCUCUUACCUGUGAUGGAUGGAAUGCUCAACAGUGGUCUAACAAGCAGUGAACUGUCUGCCACUCAGACCCCCCAGGCUCUGUGCAUCUCACCAACUAGAGAGUUGACCACCCAGAUUUACAAUGAAGCUCGCAAGUUUUCACACCAAACUAUGCUAAGACCAGCUGUUGCUUAUGGAGGAGUUAGUGUUGCUCACCAGCUGCGGCAUAUUGAAAGAGGUUGUAAUUUGCUUGUGGCAACACCUGGACGACUUUUGGACUUUGUAGAAAGAGGAAAGGUAUCUCUGCAGUGUAUCCAGUAUCUAAUACUGGACGAGGCAGACAGAAUGCUUGAUAUGGGGUUUGAGCCAUCAAUAAGGAAACUAGUGGAAACAAUGGGAAUGCCAGAGAAAGCUGACAGACAGACUCUUAUGUUCAGUGCCACGUUCCCUGAAGAAAUUCAACGCUUAGCAGGCGACUUUUUAAAUGACUACAUUUUCUUGACCGUUGGAAGAGUGGGUGGCACAACAUCUGAUAUUCAACAGACAGUCUUGGAUGUUCAAGAGGAUCAGAAAAGGGAGAAGUUGACAGAAUUACUAAGCCUCUCAGGGACUGACAGGACUCUUGUUUUUGUGGAGUCAAAGCGUGGAGCUGAUUUCCUUGCUAGUCUGUUGUCACAAGAAGGAUUCCCCACCACAAGUAUCCACGGUGACCGUUAUCAGCAAGAAAGAGAGGAAGCACUCAGGGACUUCAGGAGAGGCAGUUGCCCUGUACUCAUUGCUACCAAUGUUGCUGCUCGUGGUUUGGACAUUGACAAUGUUAAACAUGUUGUAAACUAUGACCUGCCAUCGGAAAUUCAUGAAUUUGUACAUAGAAUUGGAAGAACUGGGCGUAUAGGACAUCAAGGGAAAGCCACAUCUUUCUUCCAGCGAGGAAAAGAUGACAAUAUUGCAAGGGCGCUUGUGAAAGUCCUCUCUGAUGCUUCACAAGAAGUUCCUGAGUGGUUGGAAGAGAUUGCCGAGAGUGCAGUAGGCACCAGUUAUGGCCCAGCAGGGGGACGGUUUGCCUCCAGGGACACCAGAAGACAGGUAGAUCAUUUCACUAUAACCUCAGUUUAGAUGUAUGGACAGGAAAAAGUAUGUUUUGGGGGGAAAUUUCAUUGUAGCACCCACUGCUUUCUCUGUAGCCUAGUGUUAGAGCACUUAACUACUCUCUGGAAGGCCAUGGAAUUGAAUCCUGUGAGGGACUAUGAUUUUUUAUUCAUCACACGCUCGCAUAGUACACAUUUGGCUUUGACGCAUGUCACGUAUAAUCCACUGAGCAAGUCUCCCUUGCUCAGUGGUGUA